GCCUGUGACGUAGAGGACGCGUUCUCCUGCCGAUGCGACGAGAUGAACGUUCUCUGCGUUGUCAGUCGGCGCUUGCUUCUCGCGCUCCCGGCUCCGUUCGGAGGCUUUUCCAGCUGCUGAGUCCGUGUUCUGCUGCGGGUGCGUCAGCCCCGGGACCGAGGCCGGUCCUUGCGGGCUGCAGCGGACAUGGAUUGAUCCAUUACUCCUCGGAAGGGGGGGCGGGGGAAAAGCAGCCGAGCCUGGGUCGAACCGAGCGUUUAGCCGGACAGCCAUGGAGGCAGAUAGACGAGCCUGGGACUCCGCUUUGUUCAAUCAGAUUGGGUUGUAAAUAGUUGCUAUUGGGAGAACUAGUGGCUUCAUCCAUGCAAAAACUGGGAAAAGCGUCCAGACGCCCUGAAUAUGUCAGCCGUCUGUGCAGAAACCUCAGUGGUUCCAUGCAGCCCCUUCUGCAGCUAGAGAGGAACAUUUUCACUAAUCUGAAUGUUGAAACUGAUAUAAAACCCAUCUAAAGGUGUUAUGUGUUUUUAAGUGCCCCCACUCCCCCCAUUCCUUCCUAAAAGGUCUAGAUUGAACUUUGACCCCUGGAGUGCAGCAUUGUCAACAGGAGGCCCAAGCUUUAGUUAUAUGGGAACCAGCUCUGGCUGCAGCAGGACAGCUGUAGGUCGGCAAUGGGAGGCUCCGUGUCCUGCUGCUUCUCUCCGGGAGAGAGUCCAAAACUCCACCGGAGACGCGUGGACCUGGACGAGUGUCCCAUCACCACCACAGAGGACGUGAGCGAGGACACGGGCACCUACCUGCAGCACAUCAGCGACAGGGAGCUCCCAGACGAGCUGGCCCAGGAGGCGAACCCAUCGGACCACCCCAGAGCCAGCACCCUCUUCCUCAAUAAGUCCCAGACGGAUGUGCGGGAGAAAAGGAAAAGCAACUACAUGAACCACAUGUCUCCGGGACUCCUGACGAAAAAGUACAGUUCUUGUUCAACGAUAUUCAUUGACGACAGCACAGUGAGCCAGCCAAACCUUAAGAGCACCAUCAGAUGUGUUGCUUUGGCCAUAUACUAUCACAUCAAAAACAGAGAUUCCAACCGCUCUCUGGAUAUAUUUGAUGAGAAGAAGCACCCUCUGUCGAGAGAAAAGGUUCCAGAUGAUUAUUCUGUGGUGGAUCCCGAACACAAACUCAUCUACCGCUUCAUCAGGACGCUCUUCAGCUCGGCGCAGCUCACUGCCGAGUGCGCCAUCGUUACUCUGGUGUACCUCGAAAGGCUUUUGACAUAUGCAGAGAUAGACAUUUGCCCCUCCAACUGGAAGCGCAUCGUGCUCGGCGCCAUCUUGCUCGCGUCCAAAGUCUGGGACGACCAGGCCGUCUGGAACGUCGAUUAUUGCCAGAUCCUGAAGGACAUUACAGUGGAGGACAUGAAUGAGAUGGAGCGCCACUUCUUGGAGCUGCUGCAGUUUAACAUCAACGUUCCGGCUAGUGUCUACGCCAAGUAUUACUUUGACCUGCGCUCUCUGGCCGAUGACAACAACCUCAGCUUCCCUCUGGAGCCACUCAGCAACAAGCGAGCCCAGAAACUGGAGGCCAUAUCCAGGCUGUGUGAAGACAAGUACAAGGACUUGAGCAAAUCUGCCAUGAGGAGGUCAAUGAGUGCGGAUAAUAUGAUCGGGAUCAAGAACUCUCAGGCCGUGCUUUCCUGAAUCGGUCGAUCGCCGAUCUUCCCAACUGGACGGGACUACUAAGAAACGAUUUUAGAGAAGGCAGACAUCCUCGAGGGAUGAAUUGUUCAUUUUAGAGGCUAAAUAUACAACACUAUAACAUUAUUAACCAUGUCGUUGUGUUAACUAAAAAACAAACAAACCAAAAAAAAUCUUCAGUGAUUUUCUUUUCAAAGCAUGAUGAUUUGGUGACGUAUAUUGAAGGAGAACAGCAUAAACGCUUCCUAAAGUCGCACAAGUUUCUUUGUAUCUCUCCUUUAAAAAA